UCCUAGCUUUAUUUUGUCAGAUUAUAAUUCCAUCCAAGGUAUGUCUGAAGCCACCCCAUAAUCUCAUACACACACACACACACACACACACACACACACACCCCUUUUGAGAUCUAAGUUGAGAACCAUCAAAAUGGUGUAUAUGGUAGCUCCAUAAGGGUUGUGGAGCUAUUCUUGGGCAUGCCUUUCUUAGUUCCUUUCUUCUAAGUCUUGUGGUCAGAGUCUAAUGUUAAACUAUUUUAAAUAAAACCUCAACAUUGUUUCCAUUAGUCUUAACAGUUUUUCUUUUUCUUUUUUUUCUGAGUCAAAACCAUGAGUCUCGUUAGGCCUGAGUUUUGGUCACAAUGAAGUUCUCAGUCUAGGGUGACAGCAUGGAGUUUUAUCUCUGUUCCCUCACCAGUGACACUCCCUUUUCUGGCAGCAAACUGGCACCUACUAAUUCCACUCUGUUUCUACAAAGUUGACUCCUUUAGUGACCUCCUUUAGAAUCAUGCAGUCUUUAUUCUUUAUUGUGGGCUUAAUUCACUGAGCAUAGGGUCCUCCAGGAUUGGCCCUGCUGUAACCUAGGACAGUGGUCUUUUAAAGGCUAUGUGGAUAACCACGGCAACGCAUUUUGAGGUGUAUUUAUCUGAUCAUGCACAUCUGGGUGGUUUUACACUUGUGGCAUCCCAGUUUGGGAUGGAGCAGAGCCAUAAGGUUGGGCCACCUCUGGCUCUUUGCCUUGCAGCGUCAUUGGUGUCACCUGUCCCGCAUGCCAGUGGUGUUUGGUAUCAAGACCAAACACCACUGCAGGAAUCUCCCCGCUUUCCAAUAAACACCCUCAGAGCCCGUGGCUCUGUUCCAGAUUGUCUCACACAACUCCCCAGACCUGUGCAACUGAUCUAAUCUGGGCAGGAGGAUUUGCUGGGCACCUAUAGUCGCUAGCUCCCAGCUGGUGUGCCAUGACCACACAAAGAUGCAGACAAGUCACAGCCACGGUGCUGGGGACUGCGGCCUCGCCUCCGCCUCACCGGACGGUGAAGCAGCGCUUCUGUCUCCUUAAGGCGCAGCCUCCCCAGUCCACUGGGGUCCUCCCCCUGCAAGGUACCUUCCCUAAGCCGUGUAGGGGAGAAUGAAAGGACCCGAAAGCGUCCAUGCUUAAGAACUGUUCGAAAAAGCAAUGCGCACAGUGUGACUGAUGUAAAAUCGGGAGUGCUCGGGGGGAAAGCCACCAGGACAACACGCCUUGGCCAAGUUACAAACACUGUUGGCUCCAUGGAGACAUUCUGGGCUGCCUUCACCUAACACAACUUUACAAGUUACUUGGAAGGCGCCGUUUGGAUUCUCGAAGAAAGGACAGCAGCGUAGGCCAACGUCACUCCACUACCCUCAGCCGCUGCCGGACCGGCCCCGCCCACGUCCCGGCCUCCGUGGGCGGGGACAAAAUCUACCAACCAGGAGUUCCUGAGGCAUUCGAAGACGCCUCCACCUAUAGAGGAGAGGCGUUUCCCCAAAUCCCGGCGCUUCCUAGUAGACGCAGUUUUGUCAACCUUCCCUGAUUAGCAAUCAAGUCUAUUAGCCAGACCGGAAGUGGAGGCCCCUGCACCCUGCGCGCAGAGCAGGAAGUACAGAAGGGAGGCGCAUACUCGGCGGAAGCCGAGCUCCAGACACGCCCACCUGCCGGAAACGCCGGAGGUGUUUCUCUGACAGGGUUGCUCUUUGACAGGCUCGCUGAGGAGGCGGACAGGCGACGGGGUCUGGGCGGAGGCUGAGGACCAAGUAGGCAUGGCGGAGGGCGGGAGCCCCGAUGGGCGGGCCGGCCCAGGGCCCGCAGGUAACGUACGCGGCUAGGGAUGGUGGGGAAGGUAUUGCGUCUCCGGUCAGUCAGAGUGGCCCUCGGGCGUCCCGGGCUCGGGCUUCCGUCCUCGCGGGCCAGGGUCAAUAAAUGUGUACGUCAGGCUUCGCGCGACCCCAGGCGCGCACCCCCACCCUUGGUCUCUCGUGGACAGCCCUCCUACGGGGUUUCUUUCUGGUGGAGCUAGCCUUGUAACCGCCACCCUGUUAGCCGAUCCCAGUCUGCGAUGACCCUAGCUCUGCCAUGGGGUACGGAUUUUCUUCCAGGUAUGAGCACAGUGGUCAGUAAAGGCCCUCAGAGGUCAGCCUUCGUCGGACAGGUUCCCUUUCCCCAUCCUGCCAGUCAGCACAUACCCGCUCGGUAGCCACUGGACAAACGUCCUCCGCCCCACCCCCACCCACCUUAAGGACAAUGCUGUCCCCAGAGAGCUUGCCAGUGACACAGCUCUUACAGGGGCGCUUGAUCCACCUGCAGCGAAAGGGUGACACUUGUCACCUGACUUAAAGAAUCUCCACUUUGCCGUGUUGCUUCUAUGGAACUAACAAUUCCUGGGAGAAUUUCCUGGUACAAGAUCCACCUUGGGGUCUUUCUGAACCUGCCACAUGUGCCCAUCUCUGGUUUUGGAGAAGCACAUGUUCUGUUCAAGGAGCUCUCCUAGUGCAGGUCCUAAUCUGAAGGAGUGGCUGAGGGAGCAGUUCUGUGACCACCCACUGGAGCACUGUGAAGAUACGAGACUCCAUGAUGCAGCCUAUGUAGGGGACCUCCAGACCCUCAGGAACCUCUUGCAAGAGGAGAGCUACCGGAGCCGCAUCAAUGAGAAGUCUGUCUGGUGCUGUGGCUGGCUCCCCUGCACACCACUGAGAAUCGCAGCCACCGCAGGCCAUGGGAACUGUGUGGACUUCCUCAUACGCAAAGGGGCGGAGGUGGACCUGGUGGAUGUCAAGGGACAGACGGCCCUGUAUGUGGCUGUGGUGAACGGUCACCUGGAGAGCACUGAGAUCCUGUUGGAAGCUGGUGCUGACCCCAAUGGCAGCAGGCACCACCGAAGCACUCCUGUGUACCAUGCCUCUCGUGUGGGUAGGGGUGACAUCCUGAAGGCUCUUAUCAGGUAUGGGGCAGAUGUUGAUGUCAACCAUCAUCUGACUCCUGACACCCGGCCCCCUUUCUCAAGGCGGCUAACCUCCUUAGUGGUCUGUCCCCUAUACAUCAGUGCUGCCUACCACAACCUUCAGUGCUUCAGGCUGCUCUUGCAAGCUGGCGCAAAUCCCGACUUCAACUGCAAUGGCCCUGUCAACACUCAGGAAUUCUACAGGGGCUCCCCUGGGUGUGUCAUGGAUGCUGUCCUGCGCCACGGUUGUGAGGCAGCCUUCGUGAGCCUGCUGGUAGAGUUCGGAGCCAACCUCAACCUGGUGAAGUGGGAAUCCCUGGGUCCAGAGGCAAGAGGCAGAAGAAAGAUAGACCCUGAGGCCUUGCAGGUCUUUAAAGAAGCCAGAAGUAUUCCCAGGACCUUGCUGAGUUUGUGUCGUGUGGCUGUGCGAAGAGCUCUUGGCAAAUACCGACUGCAUCUGGUUCCCUCGCUGCCGCUGCCCGACCCCAUAAAGAAGUUUCUGCUUUACGAGUAGCAUUCAGAUGCAGCGCUGACUGCAGUGAGGAAGCCGAUCACCUGCAGUGAAAACUGACACAGACUCUGGCGUCCUGGGAACCGUGUCCUCUGCUGCCAAGUUGGUUCUUGGCUGUCAGUGAAGAAGAAACGGCCAUGUUCUCUUGGACAGUGAUUCCAUCUCAGGUGCUGGGGCCGUCGAACACUCCUUGAGUCAUUGUCAACUGAGAGGCGCAUACAAACUUAAUUUUGUUCCUCUUCAAGCUCUUUGUUUUGAAUUCUUCCUGAUACACAUUAAUGAAAUGGGCUGUGAAAUGUGUGCAGUGUGGGCUGAGCCUGGCGAUAGCUCCAGUGGGGAAGGCUUUUCCCCAGAGCUAUGCAUCUGCUUAUUUCCUACUUUGCAAUUUAUUGUCCUUUUAAGGCUUGAUAUCCAAACAAAAGAGGUUUGCUAAGAAAACAUGGAGGGAGCAGGAAUGCAAUUCGUGCACUGGCUAGCCUGCUUUCUUGCCUGAGUUUGUCUGUAUAUGCUGCUGAUGCUCGUCUGUAUGUGCUGCGGGCACACAUCCCUUCUCACAGCUGGCCGCAGUGUUCUCUCUUGGGAGUUGUCUUCAUCCCAAGAUGGCUUCUGGACUGCUAUCUUAAUGCAUGGAGGUUCCAGAACAGUGUUCACAAGGCACCAUCUGCCCACUCUGCCAAGGGUUUACUGAUGUCUCACCCUGGGGAAUCUUCAGACAGUGGUUACCUUUGGGAGACCCACUUGUAACUAACCAGUAUGUGACUGCCCACAUUCAGACCAGGGACCAUCUUAAUAGCACUCACUGCCACUCCUCACAAGAUAAGUUGACACGGGGUGCUCUCUUCAGACCCUCCCUCCUAUACUGGAAGUGGGAAAUGUCUCGGUCACCCGGCUGGUUCCAGAGUAUAGCUUCUUGGUGUCCACCAGAUAGGCCAUCUGGGUGUUGGGUGACUGUUUCUCCCACUUCUGGCCCAAUGCCUUUGUGGGUGCUCCUAGAGGUCUUUCCUUACCCUGCCCAGGGUUGUUGAUGGGUGAGAGAAAUGAACUUAUUGUAGGUGUGUUUAGCUCUUGAGGUGUGAGAGUCUUGAGCAGGUGCGUGAGUAACCACGGCCUUAAGCACCCUUAGGGUUCACUGCUCAGUGAAAUCCCCUCUUGUCAUCUUGAAGCCUGUUAGGAUUAUUGUGUGGAUCUGUGCUGAUUACAGACCUGAGACUGUUUGGGACAAGCGGGUACUGAGUCUGCUGAGGUUUUGACCAUACAAGGGGUCUAACUUGUAGUACUUUACUGUUGCACUGUUUUGUGUUUUAGCUGACCAGUGAGGCAGUGGUAACCUUUGUAUUCUGUGGAUGGAGUUCCAACCCCAGCCUAGUGUCUCAGGAAGGCCUUGGCAGCAGCACCAAGCUGGUCCAUACUGCAUGCUCAGUCCUGGGCAGUGAGCACUGUGUGUGGGGCAGGACUGAGCUGUCCCUAGUCUCCCCACAGCGGUUCUGCAUGGUCCGGGCCAUUGUCCUUCACUUGGACAUGAGUAGCAUCCUCUGUUCUAGGUUUUCAGACCCUCAGCACUGCGAGGCUCUCCUGCUUUCAAAACUUCGAAGUCUAGUGACUCUGAAUGUGACACAGCACUGGCACUGACUGUCUGUUUCCCCUGGUCUCCAGCAGUUCUAUGAAAGUAGCUUUCAAAACUUCAAAGUCUAGUGACUCUGAAUGUGAUACAGCACUGGCACUGACUGUCUGUUUCCCCUGGUCUCCAGCAGUUCUAUGAAAGUACCACAUGCCAUUGCUGUCAAGGAUGAGGUGCGUGCGGGGUGGGAAAGAGUAGCACUCUUCCUGGAGUGCCCUAGGUUCCUGAGAGGCACUGGGAAGUUGAUGUGGACUCAGUGAGCACUGGCCCUACUCAGCAGACUUCUGAGCUCUGGUUACCCGUGUCCUCCCCAGCAUGGAGAUGUGGUAGGCCUGAUGAACCUGCUGCCUUCUGCUGAGCUGGUCCUAGCAGAAGAGCUCAGUAGUCUAGAGGGAAGGAGCCUGCAGGCCGUCCCAGCUCAUCGAAGGAGAGUCUGUGCUUUGUUGCUGUUACUGGGGCAGCCACUUGAUUUAAGUGAAGGCUUGUGCAUUGAGUCUUGGCCAGGCAGGUUGGAACCAGUGCUGAGUCCUCAGAAUUUAUCUUUUCAGUUUUGGGCUUUUAGCCGUAUGUCUGGAAACCUGCCAGUGCAAUGCCUUACAUUUUAUAGCUAUUUUAUUUGUGAUGUCUGUCUGCCUGUCUGUCUGUCUGUCUGUCUGUCUGUCUGUCUGUAUUUAUUUAUUUAUUUAUUUAUUUAUUUAUUUAUUUAUUUAUUUAUUUAUUUAUACUCUUCUUCCAGAAGAGGACUUAAGGUGGAGAGUCUUAUUUUGACAGUAGGUAUAUUUAGGCAAAAACACUGGUGAAGUAGGUAAUUAGUAACUUUCAACUGUCGACCAGUACUGUUGUCAUUUCAAAGUUUCCCCUUUUUUCUUUCAUGAAUUAUUAUUUUUUUUUUUUAGAUAAAAAUUUCCUGACAGAAAAAGUACUGACUGUGAGUCUGAGCAGAGGGAAAUUAUGCCUGAGAGCUGCCUGUGCUCAGCCAGUUCCUGGAGCAGGGGAGGCUCCGCUGCAGACAGGAAGAGCUUCCUGCUGCGCCUUCAGGGGAUGCUGGUGAGGGUCCUGGCCCCUGCAGGCACUUUGUUUGGGAGUGGUCUCUGUCCUGAGGGAACUGCUUCUCAGAGGAAGUACGCUUAAGGUGGUCACAGUGCUGAGAGCCCACAGUCUGGAGAUAGGGGAUUGACCUUGUGGGGCAGUUGGAUCAUCUCGGCCCACAGUGCAGCACCGGCAGAGAGCCGUGCAGGAGGAAGGGUAAGGACAGCUGGUAAUCAAGUUUCGUCAGCUGACUGGACUGUCUUUUAUUCUUUGGUCACGUCCUUCCUGACAAGUAACAGAAGGUUUGCUUGAAAGGGGUGGAAUGGUGCUGCGACUUUGCAUGUAGAACACUCUUGACUGCAGUCCACUGCAGUGUUCUCGUCACAUUCGCUUGCUGCUGAGAUCCUGGCGCGAUCCGGUGGUAGUGGAUGUUACAUAUUAAUAAGGAAGUUUUGGAUCCUAUAGCCUGCCUGGUGGUGAAAGGCAUUGUGGCUUUCCCACCACGUGGGGUCUAAGCGUAACCUCAAGGAUCACUAUGUAUGACCCGAGAAGUCUAGACAUGAUUUUGAUGGGCCUCUAGCACCCCAGAUCCAUGAGGUCACCCACAGAAAGUCAGUGUGGCCUUCUUGGUAAGGCAUGCUUGCCCCUCACUCAGGCCUUGGGAACCAGUGGCACCUAGGAUGCUGGUGAUGUCACCAGUGGUGGUUUGCUACCUUUGUCUCUUUGGUGCCUAUGCACCAGGCACUUGCAGACUAAUCCUGACCUGCAGGGUCUAAUGACUUUCCUUCAGCACAGAGUGAUUCCUGGAAGUGCCUCUUGACCUGGCAGCUCCCUUCUUCCCCUCGUUCAUUCCCCUCAUUACUCUCCUUCCCAUAGUUCCCUGGUGUGAAUAAAGGAACAUGAGCAUAACUGGUUUAGGAUUCUUAGUCAUCCCAGGAAAGUCCACAGAUGGGCACACGCAAGCUUCGAAGUGGGCAGUGACCUGUGGACUUCACUAUACACUUCCCUGACAAAGGACGAUGAUGUGAGGAGAAUGCAGUGGACCUGCUGUAGCCUUAACAGGCACCGGGCACCCAGUGUCAGCCAUGCACAGGACUCUUCUGUACUGGGCUCGCACCAGAUCCUGUGCAUGAGAGGCAAGCGCUCUACCACUGAGCUGUAUCUCUGGCUUCUUUCUUUCUUAGAUUAACCAAGGAAGGAUGUUUGUAAUCUGACUCGAGAUUGGCAUUUAUGAACGCAGCUGUCUUGGACAUGCAAUGUGACAGUUUGCUUCUGACCUCUUGCCAGCCGUGCCGUUUUCCCUGCAGUGUCUGCACAGCGUCCACUACUUCUGUUGUUCAAUGUGUGUAGUGUUCCAUGCGCUGGGGCCUGUGUGCUAGUGCUGAAGACGUGCUCACUGCAACACUCUAUUUCCUGUUUGAGGAUGAAUGUGUGCUCGCUUGCAGUGGCCAGGACUGACUGUUUUUGCCCUUGUGCCUAGUUAAGAGAUUUCAAAAGUACAAUGACACUUUUUAUACGUUGUUAUAAUAACUGCUUUAUUGCCCUCUGAUUUUCUUCCCACAUGCCUUAAUUUUGUGGCCUGUAUCUCAUUGGAUAGAAGCUUCUCUGUGCAGCCUUUUCUUUACAUUAGUUCAUUUAUUCAUCCAUCCAUUCAUCCAUUGUGUUUGAUGUGUGUAUCUUCUUGUGCCUGUGCUCCGAUGUAAGCCAUGGUGUGGAUGUGGAGAUCAAAGGAUGUUUGGGGGUUGGUUCUCUCCUUCUACCGUAUGGGUUCCAGGGAUUGAACUCAGGUCAUCACAUGGUAGAAAGUGCCUUUACCGUCCGAGCCAUCUUAUAGCCUCCAUGUGCAGCUGUAUGCACAGUUCAAGUGGGAGGGGUUGGCUCUUGGAUAGUUUCCUGUGGCUGGAGAGAAGGUCCUGAAGCAAGAGUCUAUAGCUGUUCAGUGGAUCUUGGGGCUGCAGGGAGAAACCUAUACCUUUGCCCAGGAUUUGACUAUUUAGUGUGGCCUGGUUCACUGGUGGCUCUGCUUCCAGGACUGAAGAGAGUAGCUUCUCACAGCUUUCCAUCCAGUAACAUUGCACAGCAUUCUGUGGUGUGGGGAUGUGAGGGACACUGCCAUUUGUGCCCCAUGUAAUAUAUGACUUAUUUUGCCAGUUGAGGGUAAAAUCUGGCUGUUUGGGAUAAGCCUGGAGUGACUGAACGGAAUAAAGGAAUUUCUUCACCCCUA